UUAGCGUCGCGACGCCUCCAAACCUAUCUUUCAACGACAUUUCCGCUAUCGUUUUCAGUUACGAAUCCUAUCGAUUACGAUUGCUCUAUCGGAUCAUUGAUUUUCUACGAAAUUCACCCCAAUCGUUAUCGAAUUAUCGAAUUAUCGAAAUAAACGAAACGAUACGCCAACUCUGUCGACAUGUGGAUUAGUCGUUUAUUUUCCAUGGAAAGAAAAGAGCGGCGUUUCGCGCGUUUUUCUUCGACUCGUUAAAGAGCGCAACGCGAAAGGAAAACUCGAAUGAGGAGCCACGGGAAGAGGAGAACCGAUUCUCGACGAGGCACUGAACGUACGGAAAAUUAAAUUGAGGAUGAGAUUACGUUGACAUCUAGGAUUAGGUUGGCGGUUCCGUCGUGCGAACAAUCGUUAGAAUCGAUCGACCAACCUCGACCACGACGAUGUUGUUUCUUUUGCUGUUGUUAUUACCAUUAGGCACACCUGCCUCCGACGUUUAUUUUCCACAGUCGGAUUUGGCCGUGAGAUUGCCGUAUUUUCCGCGAGACGACGACGGUAAAUUUUCGUGGAAUUUGAAGCUGCUCGAAUUGAGAACGCUUCGAAAAGACUCGAUGGAACCUUUCGGUUCCAUAGCCAGCUAUAAAAUUACCGUGCCACGGGAGCCAAUCGUUUCGAUAGAUUCCGAGACGAAUAACUUGUUGCUGCACGGUUUUUCAAAAAAAACAGGUGGAUCCGAAAACGAGACGAUCGUAGUGCUGGCGAAGGUAAAUGCCAGCAGCGAGGCCGCUUUGGAGAUAAAGGUGAAACCGAUUCGUUUGGAGGGCAAGCAAAUUAAUUGCACGGAUUAUGUUCAGGAUAUGUGCUUCUGGUACGAAUGUAGGUACAGAAUUUACGAGAAUCAACCGAUCACGAUGAUCGGCACGUUCGGACCGAAUAUUUACAGCGACGUUUGUCCUGGCUUUCACGUGACCGGCUACAAAUUGUUAAACGGAACGGAGUACUUUCAAGCGACGAACAACACGUUGGUGGCGAACGCGUUUCUCGACAGGGACGCGGUGGGUCCACCCGGAGGUCCGGGUCCGCGGAUCACUCUUCAAGUGCAGUGUAUCGUCUGGGAGGAAACCACAGGCAUACAGUACGCCCCUAUCAGCCUCCUGCACGUAGACAUUUUGGAUCAGGACGACAAUCCUCCUAUGGCGCAAGGAAACGAUUCCAUCGCGAUUACGCUUCGAGAUUUUACCACGGGUGACAAGCUGGUGGACGACAACAACUUGAUACUGAAAGACGCGGACGAGAAGAGCAGUAAUAGUUACACCGUUCGCAUACUAGGCGAUGCGCACGAUGCUCUAAACGUCACGUACAACACUCUACCGAUCGAGCCUUCCAACGGUGUUCCUUACACUGCCAUAUUAACAAGAAUUUCCGCGAAAACCACCCUCCUACCAAAGUCUCCUUACAGGGUGACGCUUCAAGUGAAGGACGAAUCCCUGAUUCCAGGAUACGGAGAGAAUACGUUGAACAUCUCGUUGACGUUUUUCGGACCGGAACACCGAACGACCACUACCACGGUGUCAUCCGUACCUUUCAACAGACAGCAAAUCUCGUAUCCUUCGAGCGUCAAAGUUGCUCGACUGGCCUCGAAAUAUUCACGAAUAGCGAAACCGACCAGCGAACCGCAUCCCUUCACCAGUUUCACCGCUCACGGAUCGAAUGCGUUCGCUGUCACUCCGAAAGGAGGCAUCGUCUACGUGGCUAACGAGAGUCUACUUAAAACGGAGCCAUCGAAUUUGGUGCUGAAGAUCAAAUGGACCGAGAAGGAUAGGUUCGUCGGUUCCAAGUCGAUUAAAAUGAAUCUAAUAACAGUGCCAGUUACGAAAACGAGCGUAUGCAAUCAAACUCGUUUGCAUUCCUGUGCGAACGCGGAAACGCCGCAGGACUGCGAAUCCAGUUGCGGUGUCGCCAGCGGAUUAUACAGGUUACGGCUCUGCUUCGCUUCUCACGAUAACCGUUUCCCACCCGUUAAACCGCCCGUUAAACCACUCGUCUUCGCGCCUUUCAAUCAAAACUUUUAUAUCCUUUCUCUUCCUUCCGAUCAUCGGAAUGCUUCUUCCGAAAUGGAAACGGGAACGCUUUGGAUUUUCAGUAAAGGCAGUUAUUCCGGGCAAUGCGUGUGGAGAUGGAACAAGAGAUCGAACGAGGUCUCGAUGAUGUCGGAUCACUAUCCCACCUGCUCUCCCGACUUGACUUACUGUCCCGACAACCAAUGCGACGAGCUCGAACGAUUGGAUCCUCGCAUUUGCCCGCAAGAUUGUACCGUCGAAUCGGACGUACACUUUGCCGACAUGAACAAAGGUGGCCGCGGAAUAAAGAGCGGUUUGGGAACGUGCUCGUGUAACGACGUGCUGCAGUGUACCUGCAACGUAGAUCGCAUGCCGAACGAUAACCCUGGUAAAGGGACUAAUAACAAGGAUGAUAAGGACGCUAAACCGCGCUAUCAAGAUAACGUACUUGGUGCGAGAAAAGCAUCCAGCGGACCAUGCGGACCCAUUUGUAUGCUAGGCGUAAUCGCAGGCAGUUUCUUUUUGUUGGUAGCGAUUGUCGGUUCUUUCGUCAGCUCGAGAUACAGAAUGGCCGCAAAAGAAGCGCGAAGAGAAGGUAAACGGAGGGUUGAACGCGAUUCGAACGGAGUUGGUAUAUUACCCUCUUCGGACUACAUCGACCGAGGUGAUGGCUUGCUCGUAGGUUUGGACACUUUCACCGCGGCCAAUCGUCAUCUUCUUCCCAAGACGAGUCCGCCGGACCCGAAAUGGGAAUUCCCACGAUCGCGAUUAAGCAUCGAACAAGUGUUGGGCGAAGGAGAAUUCGGCCGCGUGUUGCGGGCGAAAGCCAUCGACAUCGCAGGAAUAGCCGGCCCUACCACUGUUGCGGUAAAAACGCUCAAGGAAAACGCUUGCGCUUCCGAAUUGGCGGAUUUACUCUCCGAAUAUCAAUUACUGAAAGAAGCUCAGCAUUCGAACGUGAUCAGACUGUUGGGAGCUUGCACUACUCCCGGGGCUCCGGUCUAUCUCAUCAUCGAAUUCGCGGAAUUCGGCUCGUUGAGGAAUUACUUGAGACGUAGCCGACACUUGGAAUCCGAAGGGAGGAUCCUCGACACCGUGUCGACAGCGGCUUACACGGUCACUCCUCGCGAUAUUCUUUCGUUCGCUUGGCAGAUCAGCAAAGGCAUGACUUAUCUCGCCGAUAUUAAGUUGGUUCACAGAGAUCUAGCUGCCAGAAACGUGCUGCUAGCGGCGGAGAAGGUUUGCAAAAUUUCCGAUUUUGGUCUAACUCGAGACGUGUACGAGGAUGACGCGUACCUAAAGCGCAGCAAAGGCCGAGUACCCGUGAAAUGGAUGGCACCUGAAUCGCUGGCCGACCACGUGUACACCAGCAAGUCGGACGUAUGGAGUUUCGGAGUUCUUCUUUGGGAAUUAGUCACGUUGGGCGCGUCUCCUUAUCCUGGCGUGGACGUGCACAAUCUGUACAACCUGCUGAAAGCAGGAUAUCGUAUGGAGAGGCCAGCGAAUUGUUCGCAACAAUUGUAUAAGUUGAUGGUAUCGUGCUGGCACCAAGAACCUGGUAUGAGGCCAUCCUUCAAAGAGCUUACAAGUCAGUGGGAGAAAAUGCUGGAGGAUAGCGUCGAAUAUUUGGACUUGAAUCCCAGGACCGUUCACAAUCAGGCAUACUUUGUUUCUCUUCACGCCUUGGACAGUCCGAGCAGUACGUAUCUCAUAUUGUAUUUUAUUUUAUCUAUUAUCGCUUUCCAUUUUGACGAUUUUUAUCAAUCAGGCUCUGGCAACGAUGCCAUAGAUGGAAUCGAUGGCAUCGAUAGCAACGCCUUGAGAACCGACAUCAACUAUUUGGAGAAACCAUCCUGCGAUACCGUGACCAAAUGCGACAAGAUAGACAAACUUCAUACCCUCUGGCACGAGCCUAUAGCGUCCUUUCCCGAGGAACCCGUCAAACUCUUGUACGUGAAUGAUCAACAAACCAGUAAUCAUUACGAGAGUCCGAUCAAAAUAAGAAACACUAGCGUUACCAGCAAUAGCGAAAAUGACUUGGUCACGCCGAUAAACGAACAACGACAAUCCUAUAUCGACAUGAAAGGAAAGAGAUCCGCGGAAGCUGAAGAUCUUCUCGUCUUUUCCGGUACAAACGACAACGAUCACGAAACUGAUACCAAAUGAGAAGCAAUUUGAAGAUAAACUGUCAAGUAUCGAUAGUGAUGAGUCGAGGGGACAGAUAGUUGAUGUUUCUUAUUUGGGAUUUUCCUACGUUUCGUCAUUUACACGAGUACACGAGGACUCGUUUCAGCUCGUAGGAGCAUGACGAGAGCAACGGCUUCCCAUUGACAAAUCUUAAUCAAUAAGGUCGUUUACAUUUUGACCGUUGACUAGAUUCUACUUUGAUUAUGUCUUGCGCAAUAAGCCUGCAAACAUCUCUGUCGCUUCAUCCUUUGAUACUUUUUCGUCAACGGCACGACGAACAAUUAGAAGAAAAACUUGCAUUGUUAAACAUUUAAGCUUCCGAUUAAACUUUUUCCUUGAAUAGGCUUCCGGCUUGUAUGCGUGCACGAAAUAAAGAUUUGACAAUCGAAUGCACAAGCAAGCGAGAAUUCAAAUACUCGACUUCCGGUCGAUGUAACUCAUAUCCAGAAAAGACUGCGUUUCGUACCUCAACGAAUAAAUUCGUCCUCUUUGUAUUUAUGUACAAAAAAGCACAGCAGCAUUCCACUGAGUUAGUUGAUUACCAUAAAUUACGCGAGCGUUCAAGUAAAAAUCUGUUUUUUUUUUUUU